AUGGCAACAGUUCGGAUCUGCGUCUGUGGUGACGAGGGCACUGGCAAGUCCAGCCUCAUCACCUCGCUGGUGAAAGGCGUCUUUGUCACGAACAAAAUCCAGCCUGUCCUCCCCCAGAUUACCAUCCCCCCUACGAUCGGAACACCCGAGAAUGUCACUACAACCACCGUCGUCGACACCUCGGCACUGCCGCAGGAGCGGAGCAACCUGGCGCGCGAGAUCCGGAAGUCCAAUGUCAUUCUCCUGGUUUACUCCGAUCACUAUAGUUACGAGCGCGUCGCGUUGUUCUGGCUGCCCUACUUCCGCUCGCUAGGAGUUAACGUCCCGGUCGUGCUAUGCGCGAACAAGUCGGACCUGGCGGCGGAUCACAGCGAGGCGCAGGUCAUCGAGGAGGAGAUGCUACCGCUGAUGUCGGAGUUCAAGGAGAUCGACUCGUGCAUUCGGACAAGUGCUCGCGAACAUCGCAACGUCAACGAGGCGUUCUUUGUCUGCCAAAAAGCCGUCACUCAUCCGAUCGCGCCCCUGUUUGAUUCCAAGGAGGCCGCCCUGAAACCCGCCGCCGUCGUAGCGUUACAACGCAUCUUCUACCUUAGCGAUAAAGACCGAGAUGGAUACCUGUCAGACAAAGAGAUCAAGGACUUCCAGACACGCUGCUUCGGAAAGCCACUGAGCGAGGAGGAUCUGGCACACAUCAAGGACGUUAUUCAAAAGGGUUACCCAGAGUCUGUGAAUGAAUCUGGAAUCGACUGCCAAGGAUUUAUCCAUUUGAACAAGCUUUACGCGGAGAAGGGCCGUCAUGAGACGGUAUGGAUUAUUCUGCGCGCGUUCCAAUACACCGACAACCUUUCACUGCAAGAGAGCUUCGUCCACCCCCGAUUCGAAGUCCCACCGUUCGCGUCUGCCGAGCUCUCUCCCGAAGGAUACCGCUUUUUUGUGAAUCUUUUCCUGCUGUCGGAUAAGGAUAACGACGGAGGUCUGAACGAUGCAGAGUUGGCAUCCUUGUUUGCCCCUACUCCGGGUCUCCCUCCCUCAUGGGCUGAUGGCUCAUUCCCAUCUUCAACCGUCCGCAAUGAAGCCGGCCAUGUCACCCUUCAGGGGUGGCUGGCUCAAUGGAGCAUGACGACUUUCAUGUCCCCGAAAACCACGCUAGAAUACUUGGCCUACCUGGGCUUCGAGUCCUCCGACCGAAGCAAUCCCUCGAUUACAGCUGCACUGAAGAUGACAAGACCUCGCAAGCGCCGGCGGCGUCCUGGGCGGGUUGGACGAAAUGUUGUUCAAUGUCAUGUUCUUGGAGCGCCUGGCUCAGGGAAGUCGGCAUUGCUUGAUGCCCUCCUCUCACGCGGUUUCAGCACCACAUACCACCCCACCAUCCAGCCCCGUACAGCCGUGAAUACAGUCGAGCUCCCUGGCGGCAAACAGUGCUACCUGAUCAUGGAUGAGCUGGGCGAAUUAGAGCCCGCUCUUCUCGAGAACCAAACAAAACUGCUGGACCAGUGCGAUGUCAUCGCGUACACAUACGACUCCUCUGAUCCCGACUCCUUUGCAUAUAUCCCUGCCCUCCGGGCCAAAUACCCGCAUCUAGAGGAGCUUCCUAGUGUCUUCAUUGCCCUCAAGGCGGAUUUGGACCGAACGACCCAGCGGGCGGAGCACCAGCCCCACGAAUACACAGCCAUGCUCAACAUGCCCAGCCCUCCCCUCCACGUGAGCGUCACUUGGAAUUCAAUCCAGGAGGUAUUUGUCCAUAUUGCAGAAGCUGCCAUGGAACCCAGCACUGCGUUCCCCCGCAGUGAAGAAGAUGUCGAAGGCAAAUGGAUGGCGUGGGGCAUCGCAUUUGGGGCGGUAGUCUGCGCCGGCGCCGCUGCGGUGAUGAUUUGGCGACGAGUUAGUGGCAGCGGACCAUAA